UUUAUUCAAGGAGGAGAAUCUGCAAAUUUCUGUAUCAAAAUUCAAUAAAGAUCAUCUAAGGGUUCUAGCGGAGAAAGAAUCAAAGAAUGUAAAUAAUCUUGUAUAUUUGGAUAAACCAUUUAAACAAUUUGAGAAACAUUUUAUUGAAUUGAUAGUUUCACUAGUAAAGUCUAUGCACGCAUUUUGGGAAAAUAUGUGUUAUUAUAAUGAUGUAAGACUUUCCCAAUUUGGAAGGACAUGGGAACAAGAAAAAUUCAACUACUGGUUUGAUAAAAUGCAUAAAGAUACAAAAAAUAUUUGUGAUAAAAUUUCUGAAGAAUGCAGAGUAUUUAAAAAAAGCUAUCCUAGUGAUAAAGAAUACCCUUCUUUUUUCAAGAAGAAAAAGAAGGAGCUAAACGAAUUUGAAAAAAAACAAAUUAAAUGGUUUUUCAGCUAUAUAGAUGUAUGUGAAAAAGAGUGGAGCUACAUAAAAAGCUUACGUAAUAAUCCUGGCAUUUGUCCUUUAAAGUGCUUAUUUAAAAAGGGAAAAAAUUAUGAAAUGUUGAAAAAUGAACAAAAUAAAUAA